AUCAAAACUCUAGAAGCCUCCAUCACCACAUUUCCUGUUUGUAACUGAACAAAGUACACACAAAAGAUUUUAAGAAACAGAAGAGAGAAAAAAACGGAGGCAUAGAUAAAGACAAGGUUUACUGCCACACUGCUUCUCACGUAAGAGCAACGUUACUUAGGAAAAAAGGUUUGGGGAAACAUUUUUAAUCCAUACAUUUGCCUAUGGCUACAUAAGGAUUUCUCUGAGAAAAGAAGCAUGUCAGAAAAUGGAUGCCAGUUUUAUGUCUGGGCAAUUCUAGCCUUCUUGGGUUUAGCUUUGACUGUAUCGCUGAUCUUCAACAUUUCCCACUAUGUGGAAAAGCAGCGCCAAGAUAAAGUAUACUUGUACUCCGAUGACUACAUUCCCAGGGAAGAUGAGUAUGAUUUUGAAGACACACCAAUUUAUGGUAACUUAGGUAAUGUGAUCUCAGAACCAGUGGAUGAGAACUGCUAUGAACAAAUGAAAGCUCGACCAGAGAGAUCUGUAAACGAACCGAAAGAAGACACCCCACCUGCACAGGAAACUGAAGAAAAGUUGUGCUAUGCCUCACUAGAUCGCAGCUCUGAGGGGAAGUGCAAAAAGCCCAAGAAGCAGAAAUCUUAUUUGUCAGACAGGAAUGAAGAUGGGCAGGCACCCAGCCUUUCUAAGACCACUUUGGUGGAUGGUUUCUCACUAGAAAGCCAAACAAUAGAGGAAAACAUUCAUGAUGACCCCAUCAGGCUGUUUGGAUUGAUCCGUGCACAGAAAAAAAAUGUAAACUAGCUGGACUGUGAUCUAGCUCAAUGAUCCAGUUCUUACUGGACAUGGUUGCUAAACAAAACAAGAUCCCCAUAUGACAGCAUGAUUUGUCAGGGCGAUGAUCUGAUUGUUGGUGGGAUGGUGGCUUGCCUCUUACCCAGAGCGUACAUUCACACAUAGAAAAUGUUGUACCAUACAAAUUCGUUAUUUAAAUUAGAUAUUUGAAUUCACUUUAAAAAUACUUUUGGAGUAAAAUGUAAAUGAAAUCAAAUUUGCAAAUCGAUCCUGAUAACAAAGUCAUUUCAAAACAAUUCUUAAUACUCAAUGAAAUCAACCUCCAAAAAUGUUUUAAGCAUAAAUAUGUUUUGGAUCGUGUUGGAAGAAAAAUAAAAGUCUUUUUUUUAAACAGUUCUUUUUCACCAAUGUGAAAAACAUAAUUGAAAGAAAUUUCUGAUUGAAAUUUAGAACAUUAAAACUUAUUCCUAAGAGAAGAGGGAUAAUCUUCUUCUGAAGAAAAUAGUUAUCCCAGAUGGAAAUAUCUUUAUUAGUUUUAAAGCUAUUAUAAAAUUCAUGCAUGUGCCUUGUAACGAGUAUCAAAAAGCAUUUAGAUAUUCCACUAGCUAGAGAUAAUUACUGUGAUCAACUCUCUAUAAUCCUUCUAAAUUUUUUUCUGAGCAUGACCAUAUAUAUGUUCAUUACUUGUUUUUUUAAACAAAAAGGGGAAUGUUAAUUUUAUACAUAUUAUUUAAAAUUUUUAACUCAAUAUAUUGUGGACUUAUUUCCAUUAUUAUUUUUAACUAUAAAUACAGUUAUAAUUUUAAUGCCUGCCUAGCAGUUGAAGUACAUUUAGCUCAUUUCCAAUCUAUUUUUUUGCCUUUACAAAUAACAUUUGUAAUGCAACUGCAUUUCUGCACAUAUUUGAGUAUUGUCUGACUUCUUGAGGCUAAUAAGAUCUAGGAGAAGAAUCAUUGCUUUAAAAGCUGUACAUAGCAUGAGUCUUUAUAGAGUAUAUUUCUGAAAAGUGGAGCGUUUGGUCAAAAAUGUGUGUUCUGCGUAAAUUCUGAUAAGUGUGCUUAAAUUGCUCUCCAAAAAAAUAUUUUAAAAAGCUGUCUCCAUUUGGAGUAGGAAUUUAAUUGGGUCUCAAAUCAUCACUGGCUAAGAAAAUUAUACAUGACAGCUAUCAGUGCUCUCUGACUAGAGCUUAGUAGAUUUUAGUCUGUCUUCAGUUGUUUGUGGAGCUGCUGCAGCAGUGUAGGUGCUAAAUUAUACAAUGAAGAGGAAAGAGAGACUCUGCACCCACUGAACUACAGUCCAGGAGAAAAGGCAAGUAUCAGGCUAACAAAGAAAAGUGUAGAAAUGUGAUUAAGAAAACAGAAGAAUGGGAGAUAAUACUGGAGAGAGGGCAUCUCUGAAGAGGGAAUUUUCAUUCUGAGAAGUGAACAGUGAGAAGGAAGGAAGAGCACCUUUUGUAGAAUUCUAUCAUUAUUCAGAAGUGUCUACUUCAGUCAAUAAUUUCCAUGAUGAGUCUGUAGAAAAUCAAAUGCUAAUAACAAAGAAAAAUAAUUUAAUUUGUCCACAAUGCCAUAGGAAAUGCAAAAAAAAUUAACAUGUAAGGGAAGAAGAAAAAAAAAAUCAGGUUACUUAUUCCACAGAAGAACCAAGAAAAACCCACAAUAAAUAAAUGAUUAAUAGUUACAUGUUGACUUUAAGUUUUUGCUUAAUUUAAAAUAAAAUCUUUGCUAUCAUA